AUGGCCUCUCCUGAUAGCUUGCGACAGGAGAAUGGUGCUCUGAAAGACGACACAUCCGGACAAUCACCACCACAGCAUCAGUCGAAGCAAGACGUUGACCCUGACACGGGCGAUUACUCUGAAGGUACGAAGAGUUCUACUCUACCUAGUGAUCCCCCCGAACGAAUUAUUACAGAAUUCACCCGCGAGAAAGUGUGUUCUGACACCCAUAAAGACGGCGGCGGUGAGCGACCAGUCCGUCAGAAGCUAAAGGAGACUUCCAUUGCGGGAACAGGGACUGCAAACCCAGACCAAGCACCCGAACAAACCAGCAUGGGCGAGGAGAACGGCGAGUUGCCAGAAGGCAGCAAGACCGAUACGAAUACAACCGAGCGUGGACGCCUGAAGAAGAAGCGGUCUCUCGAUGACCUGAUGAACGACGACGGACAGUCAGGUCACUACGAAGAAAGUGGCCAUAGGAGAAAGCGCUCUAGGGAUUCGAAAAUGGAAACGACCCCUGAACGGGAUGCCGAGCCAGAAACAUCCACACUCGAGCUAGAAAAGGUGAAAAGCCCAAAGAAGAAGCGAAGCAGAGACCAAUUCGACAAGGACUUGGAUUCAAAAGCAGACGACGAAAGUGCGAAAGAGAAUGAUGAUUCCACCGCUGACCCUUCCAAGGAGAAUGCAGGAUUGGAAAGCUUGGGAGCUUCACCUAAUAGCCGCGCAGACAAGGGUGAGCCAGAGAAGAAGCGUCACCGUGAUAACUCGCAGGACCGGCAUACCGAAGAACCAAAGGACACCACUGCUGCUUCGAAGUCUACACUACCAAACCCUUUCUCCAACACUUCUGCUACCUCUCCAUUUGGGUCCUUGGCUGCCUCGAAGCAGAGCCCUACUAAGCCAGGCGAGCAGUCAGCGAAGGAGCAAAGCACCAAUCCUUCUGCCUUCGCAGCCUCGAAAUUAGCUGCAUUUUCAGGAUCCGAAACCUCUCCUUUUGGCGCAAUUGGGGGCGGUGCGUCCAUCUUUAAGAGCAAACCUAGUACAGAAGGUGAAGGAGAUGGCAAAACUAGCUCCACUGGGUCCGGAGCAUCCCCAUUUGCAGCUGCUACCUCGGGACCUUCGCCUUUUGGUGCAUCUUUCAGUGGGAGUGCAUUUGCAAAGAGUUCGUUUGCCAGCGGAUUUGCUGCGGCAGCACCAAAACCUGGUGAACGACUGACUAGUUUUGCAUCUUCUAAACCAACAAAUUUUGGAUCCACGACUAAGCCAAAAGCAUUUGGCUCAAAGGAAGAAAAGAAGGACGAUGAUGAGGAGGAAGGAGAAGAUGAUGGCGAAGGUGACGAGGAAACGGGAGAAACCUUCCAAGGGCUUGAAGAAGAGAAAGAAGACACACGGUUCUUCAAACAAGAGACCGAGACUGGAGAGGAGGAUGAAGAGACACAUCUUUCUGUCCGAGGGAAGCUCUUCCACUUUACUGGUAGCGAAUGGAAAGAACGCGGCAUCGGCACUUUCAAGCUCAACGUGAAAAAAUUGCCCGAAUCUGCUGCAGGGGACGAAGAAGAAGGCGGAGCUGCUGCUACAAAGCCAACGAAGAGAUCUGCCCGAUUUAUCAUGCGCACUGACGGCGUAUUCCGACUCAUCCUCAACAUUCCACUUUACAAAGGGAUGAAAGUAGGAGACGCAGAGGGCAAGGAGCCCACUGGAAAACACGUACAAAUUGCUGGAGUCGAGGAUGGACGAACAGUGCCCCUCUUGCUAAGGACAUCCAAUGCCGACGCUGCUAAGGACCUCCAUGCUGCCGCCCAGGAGAUAUUCCAUCAAAUGUGA